UCAGCCGCUGAUGCUGAUGGCAAAGAAAAGGUAAUGGAGUGGGGCGGGGAGUCGGGCUGAGGUGCUGUCGGGGAUUGGCUGCCCGUGCCGUCAGUCGGAGCAAAGGGGGCCCCGCUCUUCCGCCGCUCUGAACAGCUCCUGGAGAGAAGAGAAGAGAAGAGAGAGAAGCGAAGGAAGGCGUGCGGAGGAGCGGGAGGAGGAGGAGGAGGAGUGCGGGUGACCAGCACCAUGCCGCCGCUGCUGCUGCUGCUUCUGCCAGGCUCGCCGGCUCUUCCCUUGCUCCACUGAACGCGGGCUCGUCCCCGCUCCUGGGCAUCCGCUUCCGAGGCAGAAAGUGAGAAGGAAGAGGCAAAGCGGAGGAGGAGGAGGAGGAAGGCAUCUCCAUCCAAGUGGACUAAGAUCAGCCCAAGAGCCAGAGAGAGAGAAAGGCGCACGCACGCAAGGAAGGAAGGAAGGGAAGGAGGAAGGCUGGCUGCUUUGCGUGCGCAGCGGCCAAGGGGAUUUAAAGAACUGCAGUGAGUGGGAAGAAGGAGCCCAGGCACCCCCGAAGCGCAACCCCGGGCGCCAGGUAGACAUGACCUCCACUGGCAAGGAAGGCAGCGGGGCUCAGCACGCGCAAUACGUGGGACCCUACCGCUUGGAGAAAACCCUGGGCAAGGGCCAGACAGGGCUUGUGAAGUUGGGGGUUCACUGUGUAACAUGUCAAAAGGUCGCUAUAAAAAUUGUCAACAGAGAAAAGCUCAGUGAGUCGGUGCUAAUGAAGGUGGAGCGGGAAAUAGCCAUCCUGAAGUUGAUAGAACACCCUCACGUUUUAAAGCUACAUGAUGUUUAUGAAAAUAAAAAAUAUUUAUAUUUGGUGCUAGAACAUGUAUCUGGUGGAGAGCUUUUUGACUAUCUUGUAAAGAAAGGAAGAUUAACGCCAAAAGAAGCCAGGAAAUUUUUUCGACAAAUCAUUUCUGCUUUAGACUUCUGUCAUAGUCAUUCAAUCUGCCACAGGGAUUUAAAACCGGAAAACUUGUUGCUGGAUGAAAAGAAUAAUAUCCGGAUAGCAGACUUUGGGAUGGCAUCACUGCAAGUUGGUGACAGUUUGCUUGAAACAAGUUGUGGGUCACCACAUUAUGCCUGUCCAGAAGUAAUCAGGGGAGAAAAAUAUGAUGGGAGGAAAGCAGAUGUCUGGAGCUGCGGAGUCAUUUUAUUUGCAUUGUUAGUGGGUGCUCUCCCAUUCGAUGAUGAUAACUUACGGCAGCUACUGGAAAAAGUGAAACGUGGUGUCUUCCAUAUGCCACAUUUCAUCCCCCCAGACUGUCAGAACCUCCUACGGGGGAUGAUUGAAGUGGAUGCCUCGAAACGGCUAACGCUAGAACACAUUCAGAAGCACAUAUGGUAUAUAGGCGGUAAGAAUGAGCCAGAACCCGAACAACCAAUUCCUCGAAAAGUGCAAAUUCGUUCUCUCCCUUCCUUGGAGGACAUUGAUCCUGAUGUUUUAGAUAGCAUGCACUCGUUAGGUUGCUUUCGUGACAGAAAUAAACUCUUACAGGACCUGCUGUCAGAAGAAGAAAACCAAGAAAAAAUGAUUUAUUUUCUUCUCCUCGAUCGGAAAGAGAGAUAUCCCAGUCAUGAGGAUGAGGAUCUUCCUCCUAGAAAUGAAAUAGACCCUCCCAGAAAGCGUGUGGAUUCUCCAAUGCUGAACAGACAUGGGAAGCGAAGACCAGAGAGAAAGUCAAUGGAAGUCCUGAGUGUAACUGAUGGUGGAUCCCCGGUUCCAGCACGCAGAGCAAUUGAAAUGGCACAGCAUGGACAGAGUAAAACAAUGUUCAGUAAAAGCCUGGAUAUCUGUGACGCCAAUCCCAAAUUCAACAAAGAAGAAAGGAUGACGAGUGCUGAUGCGUUGGGGUCUCGUUCAAUCAGUGGAGCUUCAUCCGGUCUGUCCACCAGCCCCCUCAGCAGUCCAAGGCCUAUCAGAAAAUUUUUCAUCCCCCCUCAGACUCCUGACCUCCCUUUCACCUCCCGCCCCCAAGUCUCCCUGGACUCUGAUGCGUGUAGGAAUGCCUCCAGGCCCGGACAUGUUCUGCAACCAAAGCCAGCACUUCAGCCUAAUCCAAAGACACAGACUUUACCAUCCAAGAGCAAAUUGGCUGAAAAACCACUCCAGUCUACCAAAUCCAACCCACUCCCCUCUGGCAAUGCUACUGCCCCUCCUCCCCAAAAUUCCCCGGCACAAAACACUCAAGGCCGCCCACCUGCUCCUGGGUUUAGCCCACAGCUGGUUGUUCCUGCUGUGCAAAUCAACCCUCUGUCUCCUAUUAGAUUGCUCCCUUCUAGUACUGACCCAAGCACCAAAUCUAUCCCCAUCAUACAGGUCACCCCUCACCCCUCUCCAAGGGGCAGUCCCCUCCCUACCCCCAAGGGGACACCUGUUCAUACGCCAAAGGAGAGCCCAGCAGGCACACCCAACCCUACGCCACCGUCUAGUCCCAGCAUUGGAGGAAUGCCUUGGAGAACACGACUCAACUCAAUCAAGAACAGCUUCCUGGGAUCUCCUCGCUUCCAUCGCCGGAAAUUGCAAGUACCCACGCCAGAAGAGAUGUCCAAUUUAACUCCAGAAUCUUCCCCAGAGCUUGCCAAAAAAUCCUGGUUUGGUAACUUUAUCAACUUAGAGAAAGAAGAACAGAUCUUUGUAGUUAUUAAGGACAAACCACUGAGUUCUAUCAAGGCUGACAUUGUUCAUGCAUUCCUCUCGAUUCCCAGUCUUAGUCAUAGCGUCAUCUCUCAGACAAGCUUCCGUGCAGAGUACAAAUCCACAGGGGGCCCUGCUGUAUUUCAGAAACCAGUGAAGUUCCAAGUGGAUAUAACAUACACAGAAGGUGGGGAGGCCCAGAAAGAGAAUGGGAUCUACUCAGUCACUUUCACACUUUUAUCAGGUCCAAGCCGUCGCUUUAAGAGGGUAGUAGAAACCAUUCAGGCACAAUUGUUAAGCACACAUGACCAGCCUUCAGUGCAGCAGUUAUCAGACACCACUAACUGUAUGGAGUUGAUGACUGGGAGACUUUCCAAAUGUGGCAGCCCAUUGAGUAACUUCUUUGACGUAAUUAAACAACUUUUUUCAGACGAGAAGAACGGGCAGGUGAGCCACCCCCCCGGCACGCCAACCAAGCAUAGCGCAAACAGCAAGCGGAGCGAAUCCGAUACUAAUGACAAUGGGUCUAGAGGAGACACUAAGUACCCUGCUGGCAAAGAGAAGGCAAAGAUGGUCUCGUCACUCGGCCUACAAGACCAACCUUAAAUAAAUGCUUUUUAAAAAACAAAAAACAGAUUAAAUACCUUAAAAAAUACAAAACCAACCCUAAAUGAAUGGGUAUUCUUUAGUAAGCUAGCCUCUAAAAUAGAUGGAUGUAUAUAUAUUGCUACAACAGUACAAAACUGUCUAUAGACAACUUUUGUAAGAAGGAAUGACUGUAUAUAUAUAUAUAUAUACAUAUAUAGAUAUAGAUAAAACACACAUACACAUAUAUAUUUAUAUGAUAUAAUAUUUAUCUCUGAAGCAAAACACAAAAGCAACGAGAAAAGAAAAAAGGUAGCACAUAUGACAAACCCAGUUUGACAAAUCUUGGGUUGUUUUUUUCAUCUCCCAGUUCUUUUCACUUGCUUCCCUCUCUCCUGAUCCUCCCUUCCCGUUUUGUUCUUGUUUCGUUCUCUCUGAGUUUCUGACCACCACCACUUGUUUCCACUCUGCUACCAGGAAUUAUCCCGAAAAGUUAACAUGUCAGCCAGCAGCUUCACCUUCUGUGCUCUGCGAAUGCUUGUUCACGGAAGGCUACUGAUGUAAGACUGUCCACGGACUGGUUCUGUUUGGGGACUCCCAGCCUUCCCUCUCUCACUGCAGGAAAUGAGUCUCCUCCCUUCCACUUGCCCUCAACACACACUUUUCUUUUGGUGCUCUGCGCUGGAGAACUGCUCAGUCACAAUUUUUCACAGUUGGAGUUAAUGGAGUGGCAUCGUUGCCCAUCCUCAACAGGGCGAAUCCAGACGACGGUGGCUGGGAGGGGGGAAAUAUUCUGAAAUAUUCAGGCAGUGUUCUCAUUUGACAUUAAGAAGUCCCGUCCCACCCCAAGGAAAUUUGUCCUCAAUUUUCUUUUGUUGUCCUGUCCCUUUCCUCCACUCCCAUUUAACUUUUUUUUUUUCAAAUUGUGUUUGUGUUUUUAUAAUCUCAAAACUUCUUUUUUUUCAACCUGUUGAAGGGGCAGAACACAAACUUAGGGAAAACUACAAGAUGAAAGUCAAUUAAAUAUGAACACUGAAACUUAGGGGAAAGGCACCUUUUGGCAGUGAGGAGGAGGUAUGAGAAUCCACCUGUUUGAGGACAAUCUCUUCUGCUGCCACUCGCUGUUGCCACCACUGCUGCUGCCACCGCCGCUGUUCCUCCUCCUGUCUGCAAUUCCCUCCCUUCUCCCCUCAGUUCCUUCCUUCCACACUUGGAUUUCCUUCUGCCAGAUGACUUCUCUGCUGCAUCAUGCAUUUGGAUGGAAUUAUUGUGUUCUUAGUGCUGCAUUGAUAUAUCAGUAUUAUGAUUAUUAUUAUUUGCUGGGUUUAUUUAUGUAUUUAUUUAUGUAUUUAUUUAUUGUUUUAUUUAUUCAUGUUGGGUGUAUGUGUGCGUGUGUGCGUGUGUUUUUAAUGCAAAAGAAGAACAUGGAACAAGAAUCCUUUCCCCCCUCUCCUGUGUGUAUCAGUGCGUGUGCAACUGUUUGGUACUUGAUUCAUUGGAGCAAGCUACGGAGGAGAUAGCACUAUGGGCGAGUUAAACACAAAGCUACUGUAAACUUUUAAAAGUAUUGCAAGAUAUUUUUAUAAACUUUUUUUCAAAAAGGGAGGGUGGGGUGGAACUUUCAAGUGUGUGUUUUAAGUUAUUAGGUCUCUUAUUAUUUAUAAUGCAUAUAUAUAAAUAUAUAUAUAUAUUUAAAAAAUUUAAGCUAUUAGAUAUCUUCUGCUUUCAUUACAGUGUAGAGGUGACACUGAUGAUUAUUAUUUAUUUGCGGGAGGUGGAAAGAAUGAUGGCAAGACCACUAAAUCUGUCCCUGUCACCAGUAUUUCAAUAUUUUUCCCCGUGUCUUUCUCCUUUCUUCUUCCCUCUCCAAUGUACCUGAAUUUGGCCCAUAUUCAAAGAUUUUCAAAAUCAUGAUCAUACUUGUCAGAGACAAAUAACAGCAGGAGAAAGUCUCCUUUACCGAUAUGUUCUAAAAUGUAGAUUUAGUAUUAGUGUUCAAUUCCCUUAUUACCUUCAAUUGCUGUUUGUUUGUUUGUUCCUAUGAGUGUAUGUUAUUCCGCAAGACUUUUUAAUGAUAAUAUUAAGAUUCCUCCCUCGUGCUUUUAAUUUCAUUUCCCGACUUUUCUUUCCACUCUCCUUUUUUGGCUUGGUUGUUUAUAGGUUUAUUUAUUUACUUAUUUAUUUAUGCGGUCUGUCUUGCACCCGUUCAUUUUUUUAAUUGUACAUAGGUUUGAAGACGAAGAAAAAAAAUCUUUUUAAAAAGAGACACAAACAUGGGAGGGUGCUUUUUUUGUUUUUCCUGGUCUGGGGGAAAAAAAACCCUUUUCUCUUGUAUUGCUGGGUGCAUGUCGGACACUGGGAGGGUGAUGGCUGGGGAAGGAGGGAGGUGAGGAUGUCAGCAAAUUGGGGGCAGUUUUAAUUGCAUGAUAUUGCUGUAAAUUAGUCUCUUUUGCUUUUGUUGUCUUCUCUGCCUCCACUGUCUCCUUCCCUCUCCCCGAGCUUCCCUUCCACCAUCCUCAGCCUUUUCCCCUUUUUUCUCUUCCCUUGUGUAUAGAUUUUUGAUGCUUCUGUUACAUUGUACCUCUACAAAAGGCUGGGAUUUCAAUAUAGAAUUAUACUAUUACUUCUAAUAAUAAUAAUACAGCAAAACCCACAUGGUACAAGCAGGAAGGGAAUUACUUACACAAGACAUAAGAAUAAAUGAAAGCAAUACCUCUUGUUAUCCUUCCUAUUUUGUACUUUGAAGACACAAAUACAUAUGCACACAUGCAGACACAAACUGACAUUAUUUAACAGUUCAAAUGGACAAAGAAGAACCUUCUGAUGUAUACCUUGUUAAAUAACUGUGAGCAACUUUAGUUCAAAAACAAUAAAUUCAUUCAGAAAAGA